AUGGAGCAUAUUUCCAGAAAGCUUGAGCAGGCCCCUCUGCAAAAGAGAGCACACACUCAGUCCCUCUCAUCUUUCGAGGCGUUCCCUUCGACUCCCGCCGAUGAAUUGCAUGAUCUGCUCUGUGUAGGCUUUGGUCCGGCUUCCCUCGCCAUAAGCAUUGCUCUACACGAUGCCCUAGACCCAGCACUGAAUCCCAAUGCCAACACCAGCUUCACUCCAAAGGUAUGCUUCCUUGAGCGCCAGAAGAAGUUUUCCUGGCACUCUGGAAUGCUGGUUCCCGGCUCGCGCAUGCAGAUCUCCUUCAUCAAGGACCUAGCCACGCUCCGUGACCCACGCAGCAGCUUCACCUUCCUUAAUUAUCUUCAUAACAAUAAUCGCCUGAUCCACUUCACUAAUCUGAGCACUUUCCUGCCAGCGCGGAUAGAGUUCGAGGACUACAUGCGCUGGUGUGCGCAGCGGUUCAACAACGUCGUUUCAUACGGCGAGGAGGUUGUGGACGUUCGUCCCGGAAAGACAAUUAAUAGCGUCGUCGAAGAGUUCGUCGUCCGCUCUCGAAAUGUUCUAACGGGCAAGGUCUCUUCGCGGAGAGCGAAGAAGGUCGUUGUUGCUCUCGGCGGUAAGGCUAGGAUGCCUCCCGGUUUCCCGGCUGACCAGCGCAUCAUGCACUCGUCUCAGUACUGCACUACCCUGCCUACCGUUCUGACUGAUGAGAACAAGGCUUACAAUAUCGCCGUCGUCGGAAGUGGGCAGAGUGCCGCCGAGAUUUUCCACGACCUGCAACGGCGGUAUCCGAAGUCGCGGACGUCUCUAAUUCUUCGUGAUACAGCCCUGCGUCCCAGUGACGAUUCGCCCUUCGUGAACGAGAUCUUCAACCCAGAGCGCGUGGACAAGUUCUUCAAACUCCCCGCCGAGGAACGCCGCAAGCAAAUCGUUAUCGAAAAAUCCACCAACUACUCCGUUGUCUGCCUCUCUCUGAUCGAAGAUAUCUACAAUACAAUGUACCUCCAGCGCGUGCAGAGCCCUAACGAAAAGCAAUGGCAACACCGGAUCCUCCCGGAGCGAGUGAUCGGACGAAUCGAACACAACGACUCUGCUAGCCGCAUGCGCGUGCACGUGAAAUCAAUCAAAGAAGACCAGCCUGAGGACCGCGAGGUGUUAGACGUGGACGCAGUGAUGGUCUGCACUGGCUACGUGCGUGAUACGCAUGAGCAGAUGCUGGAGCCGGUGCGCGGCCUUCGUCCUGCCGGUCAAGGCUCUUGGAGCCCCGGUCGAGACUACCGGGUUUCGCUGGAUGCUAGCAAAGUCAGCUCUCAUGCUGGGAUUUGGCUGCAAGGGUGUAAUGAGAAGACCCAUGGUUUGAGUGAUAGUCUGCUUUCGGUAUUGGCCGUGCGUGGCGGCGAAAUGGUUAGUUCUAUCUUUGGGGAACAGUUGUCUGGAACGGAGGUGCAGGACACCAGAGUCCGUGCUAUGCUGUGA